AUAUAUCUUGUUAGAUUCGUCUCGCAAAGUAGCUCAGAGUUCUGCAAUUAGUUUUAUAAUUAGAUUUUAUUUACUACUCUAAAUGGUGAGGUUUUUUAUCUAAAAUUUAGAUAAAAAAACCAAGCAGGCCGCAGAUGGGGGAUGGCUCGGCGAUCCCAAAACCCCGCGAGCAAGGCCCAGCCAAACCCUGACUCCAAAAGCGAGACAGAGGACACGGCCGUGACGGGGAGUGCCGACAAAGAAAGGGGCCGGCCGUCCUCCUCGGCGGCGCCGGCGUCUUUGGAUCCUCCGGCCGCCGGACCCGCCUUAUUUCCCUCUCCACCUGCUCCGCGUCCUGCCCUGCCAGCCGGCUGCCGCCCUGCUGCAUUGCGCACACUCGCAGGUUUCAGACUCCCAACUCCCAAGACCUCUGCCAAUCAGUAUCGAGUAUUGACACUACAUAGUUUGGAGAAAUAUAAGUAGUGUUUUAGAAAUAUGAAUCCGUAUUUCUUUGGUUUCCUUCUCCCCUUUGUCGCAUCUCUACUGCUCACCAAGAGGAAAUCUGAGAAGAAGAGGGGAGUACCGGUCAAUGUGGGUGGAGAGCCCGGCUGCGCUGUCCGUAACCACGGAUUUGAAAGGCCCAUCGAAACGCACUGGGAAGGGGUUUCCACGCUUGCUGAGCUAUUUGAGCAGUCAUGCGAGCAGUUCGCCUACAUGCCCCUGUAUGGCACCAGGAAGCUCAUUGCGAGGGAGUUGGAAGUGGCUCCUGAUGGAAGAUCCUUUGAGAAGCUCCAUUUGGGGAACUAUGAGUGGAAAAGCUAUGCUGAUGCGUUCAAGACUGUGUGCAACUUCUCGUCUGGCCUACUGAGACUUGGGCACCUCAAGGAUGAGCAUGUUGCUAUUUUUGCUGAUACUCGGGCUGAGUGGCAGAUUGCAUUGCAGGCGUGCUUCAGACAAAACAUUACAGUUGUCACAAUCUAUGCCUCUUUGGGGGAGGAAGCGCUAUGUCACUCACUAAAUGAGACUGAGGUAAGUACUGUUGUCUGCGGACGGAAAGAACUGAAAAAGCUGGUUGAUAUAAGUGGGCAACUUGACACUGUGAAACAUGUCAUCUACAUUAAUGAGGAAGGUGUCUCAACUGAAGUAUCGUUGGCUGAAAAAUGCAAUAGCUGGACUGUUAAGUCAUUUGAGGAGGUAGAGAGCUUAGGACUGGAAAGGCCUGUUGAACCAAACUUGCCUCUCCCAUCAGAUACUGCAGUGGUUAUGUAUACAAGUGGCAGCACAGGAAUGCCUAAGGGAGUCAUGAUGAGCCACCGAAAUGUCUUGGCUGUAGUUUCAGCUGUUACGACCAUUGUGCCUGAUCUUGGCAAGAAGGAUGUGUACUUGGCAUACCUGCCACUAGCACAUAUACUUGAAUUGGCAGCUGAGGCAAUCAUAACUGGUGUUGGGGCUUCAAUAGGAUAUGGAUCACCAUUGACCCUGACUGAUACAUCCAAUAAAAUAAAAAAGGGGACCCAAGGUGAUGCUUCUGCACUAAAGCCAACACUAAUGACUGCUGUGCCUGCUAUACUUGAUCGUGUUCGUGAUGGUGUACGAAAGAAUGUAGAUGCAAAAGGUGGGUUAGCAAAGAAAUUAUUUGAUAUCGCCUACAGCCGUCGUCUAGCUGCUGUUAAUGGAAGCUGGUUGGGUGCAUGGGGACUCGAGAAGCUCUUGUGGGAUAUGCUUGUCUUUCAGAAGGUUCGUGCAAUCUUGGGAGGAAGGAUUCGCUUUAUCCUUGCAGGGGGAGCACCUUUGUCAGGGGACACACAGAGAUUUAUCAACAUAUGUCUUGGGGCUCCAAUAUCGCAAGGAUAUGGCCUGACUGAAACUUGUGCUGGUGGGACAUUUUCAGAGUAUGAUGAAACGUCUGUUGGCCGUGUUGGUCCUCCUCUGCCUUGUUCAUACAUUAAGUUGAUAGACUGGGCCGAAGGUGGAUACUUAACAACUGAUUCACCAAUGCCUCGGGGUGAAAUAGUUAUUGGAGGUCCAAAUGUAACUAAAGGCUACUUCAAAAAUGAAGCAAAAACAAAUGAAGUCUACAAGGAUGAUGAAAGAGGCAUGCGGUGGUUCUACUCUGGUGACAUUGGGCGCCUGCACCCAGAUGGCUGUAUUGAAAUCAUUGACCGUAAGAAGGACAUUGUCAAACUUCAACAUGGUGAAUAUGUAUCUCUAGGAAAGGUGGAGGCAGCUUUGAGUGUGUGCCCAUAUGUUGAUCAGAUCAUGAUCCAUGCUGACCCCUUCCACAGCUAUUGUGUCGCACUUGUUGUAGCUGCACACAGCGAGCUGAAAGGCUGGGCCUCAAAACAAGGAAUCACAUAUAGUGAUUUUGCAGAUUUGUGUCAGAAGCAAGAGACUGUCAAAGAAGUCCUUCAAUCUUUGGCAAAGGCUGCUAAGCAAGCACGACUGGAGAAGUUUGAGAUCCCAGCCAAAAUCAAGCUCAUACCGGAGCCAUGGACGCCAGAGUCAGGCCUUGUUACGGCCGCCCUCAAGCUCAAGAGGGAGAUCAUCAAGAAGGCGUACGAGAAGGACCUUGCUCAGUUGUACUGCUAGUGUCGCUGCUGCUAGCCUCUCUUAAGGAUAUAAAGUGUUUGUUGGUCGCGACAACAGAAUGUUCCAGUUGUAGCAUGUUUUUGAGGAGACAACUGCUGAAGGUGGUGAGAACUGAAAGUGAGAGAGAGCAGGUGAUUCAGUCGCCAAUAAUGUCAGUGUUUCCCUGAACGUCAGGAGGAAACUAUACUCGGGAGUUUUUGUUUUUUGAUAAUUAGAAGAAUUGAGGAUUCCCUCGCACCUAAGAGCAACUGUUCAUUAGCAGCACGCUAUGGUAGUCUUUGUUGAAUUUUUCACUGCCAUGAUCCCCAUAAAUUUUACAGUGUUGGACAAGGACACUAUGA